AUGACAGAGACAUUGAAUGUCAUAGUCAAUAACGGAUCAAGUGUAGGCGCUUAUACACUUGAUCUGAUUGCGCCUCCGAAGUUGACUUCGGAGAUCACUCAGUUGACAACGCUCGAACAUAUAAGGUUCUUGCGUGAUCUGCGUAGUGGCAAAGUCAAGCAGAUCUGCGUACUCGUCGCUGACGACGAGUGUGUGGCCGGCAUAAGGUCAGCAACAGUGUUUACUGAGAACGAGAGAGUUCUCAGUAGUUCAUCGAUGGACGAGAGCGUCCUCGAUGAAAAGACACGAGUUGAGCGAUAUGACUCCCAAUCGUGGGAAUCGCUCAAGACAAAUCCUCUCUAUGAAGAUUUGGUUGAAUUCAAGGAUGUAUUCCUCCCCGAACACGAGUCUAGGGAUUGCAAAGUGUCAAUCCCUUCGGCCAUCUCAGAAGAGAUGCGCGCCCUCCAGUAUGGGACAUUAGGGAGGUAG